GUUUAACACCGAGAGCUUCGAAUUUCAAUCGGACUUGCAAUCGACACCAAGCACUCAAGCCAACAGUGUCCGCAAAAUCAACGUUCAAUCAAGCAAUCGUGAAGAGCUUCCUCCAACAGUGCAUGAGUGUCGAGUGAAGGGGGUUGCCUCCAGCAUCUGCCCACGAUGGGCCGCUUAAAUCUCACAGCCAUCAAUGUCCGCAAAACUGCUCUUCUAAACCUCAAGACAAAGAAGACGAACGUCGCACCGAAAUGGAUCGACAUCGUCGGUGACAUCCCUCCAGCGCAAAUUCUUACGAGACAACAACCCAUGCGACACCCUUUGUCGAAAGUGCGCACAAGGUCGCUCCCCGGUGGGAGAACUGAGCAGUACAUUCAAGUAACUGAAUCGAAAAAGAGCAAGUCUACUAGAGGCCAACAUCUUUUCGCACCCACUACAUUAAGAUAUGAGGAGGAUUCGUUACGAAGGAGAUUUUUCAGCGAUCAUCCUUGGGAGUUAGCACGGCCACGAGUCGUGCUCGAGACGUCGGGAGAUCAGUACAAAAGCGUAGACUGGUCGAAGGGAGUACAGCAGCCGGGUGUUGCCUUGUCAGGCGAGUCUGUCGUCCAGAGACAGCUAUGGCUUCUCGAGAAUGUGCCUGACAUCACUGUUCCCCAAGCCUACGACAUCGCACGAAAAGAGUUCUAUGCACUGCGACGACGGGAAGAAACGAGGAGUAGGAUUGCCGCAGAAGAGGCCAGACAUAUGGGUGCACAGUUUGGCAAGUCGGCCAUACAGGUCAGCAUGGGCAUUGAGGACCAGAUGUAUAAUCACUGGGAGAUUUGGAGUCGGGCGGUCGUCAGCGACUUCACCCAGAAGGCCGCGGCGUUCGAAGGCACAAUAACGGCUGCGGAAGAUAACGCAUUGAAGGAAGUGGCAGAUGAGGAUGGCCAGACUAAGCAGCCGGCCAUCGGAGCUGGCGUCUUUGCUCAACAGCAGCAACGGGAUACUCGCUCACAGCGACGUACUGUAUAAUGAGUGGUUCGUAUGGAAUAGAAUCAAGGGAAAACCAUCAUAUAAUGGUAUCGAAAUUCUACGAUCUUCUUCAACAAGACUUUUGGAAACCUCUACCAGUUUGCAUAACUCCUAUUCUACCUCCACCAAAGAAGAAGCGCUCAUAUCCUGUUCAU